UGUUCUCCUAGCAGACGGUGUUUGCUUGGGCCAUAGCUGCGUGCAGGCCUUUAUUCUCAAUGAGAGCAAAGGCAGAGGGAGAGUGAGAGGAGGAGAAUGGAGAGCAUGAACCUGUGUAGGAAACACAACUGAGACACCAACCUGGGUCUUCCCUGCACCUCCUGGACGGCUGACUGAACUCACUGACACAGAUCUUUAGCUUGUUUGGUGAUAAAGAGAGGAGGAACCAUGGGACCUGGAACAUGGAGCGUAUUUAUUCUAUUUGGUCUGUCUUUCUGGAGCAACAGCCAAGCCCUCACAAAGCACCCCAUCCUCAACCGGAUACGAAGGGCCCCAGAGGCCAGCGGAGAAAGCAAGAAGUGCUCCUACACCUUCCUGGUCCCUGAGCAGAAGAUCACAGGACCCAUCUGUGCCGCCCGCGGGUACUCGACUGACAAGGACCGAGUGACACGCCUGGAUGUGGCUGCAGUGCGUGACCUUCUGUCAAAGCAGCGUAGGGAGGUGGAGACUUUGAAGUUGGUGGUGGAUGUGGACGGCAACUUGGUGAAUGAGAUGAAGCUGCUGAGGAAAGAGAGCAGGAACAUGAACUCCAGAGUGACCCAGCUCUACAUGCAGCUGCUGCACGAGAUCAUCAGGAAGAGGGAUAACUCACUGGAGCUGGCACAGCUGGAGACACGCAUCCUCAACGCCACUACAGAGUCUCUGCGCCUGGCUUCCCGGUACAGGGAACUGGAGGCCAAAUAUGCAGCUCUGUCUGCAGUGGUGAACAACCAGUCAGUGCUGAUUGGAGCACUGGAGGAGCGUUGUAUGCAGGUGUACAGCCGCAGGCAUGACCAGCCACCCAUUGGACCUCCACUUGUGCAGGUGGUGCCUGAGAACAUUCCUGUUAAUGUGCCUCGUUUCACCAAUGAGAUUCAGAGGGACAACACCCGAGGCUUUGCCCGAGAAAGGGGCUCACGCUCUGGGCCAUCACCCACUAGCGGCACCCUGGACGUUCCACAAAGAAACUUCAGUGCUGAAGGCUCAUUCAGGGACUGUCUCGCGGCGCAGGAAGCUGGCCACAGCACCAGCGGCAUGUACCUGAUCAGACCAGACGAAGCAGAGAGGCCAGUGCAGGCCUGGUGUGAACAGGAUAUCGACAACGGGGGCUGGACCGUUAUCCAGAGCAGGAGAGACGGAUCAGUCAACUUCUUCAGGAACUGGGAUAACUACAAGAGCGGCUUUGGCAACAUAGAUGGCGAAUACUGGCUCGGUCUGGAAGGCAUCUACAACCUGGGGAGGCAGGGGGACUACAAGCUGCUGGUGGAGCUGGAGGACUGGAUGAACAAGAAGGUGUACGCUCAGUACAGCAGCUUCCAUCUAGAGCCUGAGAGUGAGGGUUACCGUCUGCGACUGGGAACCUACCAGGGGAACGCGGGGGACUCCCUGAGCAGCCACAACGGCAAACAGUUCACAACUCUGGAUCGAGACAAGGAUGCCUUCUCAGGUAACUGUGCCCAUUUCCAUAAAGGAGGCUGGUGGUACAACGCCUGCGGCCAAACCAAUCUAAACGGUGUCUGGUACACUGGCGGCGUCUACCGCAGCAAAUUCCAAGAUGGGAUCUUCUGGGCUGACUAUGGCGGAGGCUUCUACUCUAUGAAAUCUGUCCGUAUGUUGAUCAGGCCUAUAGACUGAGGAGAUACUGUAAGCCAGACUGGUCCAGGGGCAGCUACGGAGGCCAGGGCAAACUUGAACCUCAUUCUGACUGUAUAAGUCAUCAGCAACUGGUUUAUCCUAGAUGAAAGAACCACAGCAAUGGAGAUGACCAACCAUCAGUAGCAACUUGAACUGCCUCUUUUAACAGACACCGACUUUGUGUGAACAUUUUUCUUUUUAUAUUAUUACAGAUUCAGCAUAUGCUGCGUUUCCACUGCAUGGUUCAGCUUGACUCGAUUUGACUCUCUGACGGUAUCAGGUUUUUUUCUCUAAUUUGUUUUCCACUGCAGAGCAGCACCGGGCUGGGGUGGGAUUGAAGCCAGUUUUACAUAGUGGCCAAAUGUGAAAUCACAACUUCUGCGUCUGUCAUGUGAUGCCGUUGGGUCCAAAAACACCCUUUUCCCCCGUAGACUUACACUGCAAAAGAGAGGUCUGUAAAUCAGUGUAUACAUUUUUUUAGUGUCACAACCCCUACGCAAUAAAUUAUUUUAUCACCAGGAUUUGAUCAAUUCGGUCCAAUAACUAGUAUUUUACUAGUAUAACUAAGUAUUUUUAUCGCAUUCAAGUUAGCAGAGGGCUAAACAGGACGAUAGCCGCUCAACCAGCAUAGGGCUCUAGUGCACUUGCUCUAUGGGCUUGGUUCAUGCGCCACAGAGCAACUUUCAUAGGAAUGAGUAGGGCCCCGCCUCCAACCCAGUAUCCAGUUGUCUUUAUAGAUACAUGGAUAAUAUCCUCUCCAUGUAGCCUGGAUUCUCAGCUGAUUACCAAAGCAACAAAGCGUGAAACUGUCAUUACAUCAUCUUUAAUGUGACACUCGCAUGGAUCCUUUCAUUGGCAUCCAAACAGAAGAACGACUGCACUGCGUCCAUUGUACUGUUUUGCGGGCUGCCAUGUUUUAAAAUCUGGGUCGAGUGAAUAAAAAAUGCAAAUGAUGGUAGCUUGGCUAAAAAUGUUUGGUUUGUGCUGGAAGUCCCAUGUUGCACAGGUUAGGAUUAUAGUGAUGAUUCCCUCUGACCAAUCAGAGGUCUAGAGUGUUUUAACUCCAUCGUCUACUAAAGGUGCCAAAAACUGCAGUUCCUCUAAUGACCACUUGAGGCUGGCUGCAAGAGUGAAUCAGUCCGCAUAGACACCCAUUUUAAAUUGCCCUUCACAGCAGAAAUGUUUACGGAUUGGGUCCCAAUAGCUAAUUUCCCCCUCAUGACAACUGAAUUUUAUUUUGUAACUUAACAUUUCAUUAAUGCUUAAAGUUACACAUAAUUAAGGCCAACUACCAAUAGUGUCCUCAUCUUCAGUCAGAUCCACCCCUCGCUCCUCCACAGCGUCAGCCUCUCACCCAAAUAUGGUCACUUCUGGCUCCAAAAACCACGAUGGUGACGGCUGAAAUGCCGAAUUUGAGGCCUCAAAACAGGAGUCUGCAGACCAAUGGGUGACGUUACAAUUGCUACAUCCAUUAUUUUUACAUUCUUUACAGUGCAGGAUGUCCUGAAAUGACGAUUCACUGACCAGUCAGUGGUCUGCAGUGCUUUGACUCCACCGUCUAUUGUCAACUCAGCUUACUUGAAACUGAGGCGAUAACAGAAAAAGGCACAAGUUACUACCUACAAAUUUAGAUAAUGGAAAACCCAUGCGGCAGCUUCCAGGGCUGAAAAAUGAAGCCAGCACAGAAGUGCCAAAAACUGCAGUUCUUUGAAAAGCCACCUGAGGGUGGCUCCAAGAGCGAUUCAAUCCCCAUAGACACCCAUUUUAAAAUGCCCGACAUCACAGAAGAAACAAACAUGUUUACAGCUUGGUA